AUGGACUGGGCGGCUUCCAAUCUCCCACACACCAAACCCAACACCUCCCCGCUGUCUUCUGGCCCCACCGCCAACGUCCAUCUCGAUGCCAAAUUGCAGCGCGAACUGGCCCGGCUGGAUGAUGGUGUCCCGUUUAACCCCAAAGCCCGCUAUUUGCAUCAUACCUGGGCGCAGACCUUCUUUUCCCGCCCGGAGCUGUACUUUCAGCCGUCCACGGUGCCAGAACUGCAGAAGAUCGUGACCCUCGCGCGAAGAUGCCGCAAACGGUUGUGCGUUACGGGCUUCGGACAUUCACCAUCUGACUUGACCUGUACGUCGUCCUGGCUCAUCAACCUCGACAACCUCUCCCAGGUGCUGGAAAUGGAUGUCGACAACACUCCCGGCCUCGUUCGCUUUCAAGCCGGCAGAUCACUACAUAACCUCAACCUUGCCCUUGCCGAGCAUGGCUAUACGCUGCCAAAUCUAGGCUCCAUUGAUGUCCAGUCCGUCGCGGGCGUUAUAUCCACCGGGACCCAUGGGUCCAGUCUCCGACAUGGCUUGGUCUCGGAGUCCAUCACCUCUCUAACCAUCCUGCUGUCCAACUCACAACUGGUCACAUGUUCUGCCACCAAGAACCCGCAACUCUUCCGCGCAGGGCUCCUUUCGCUGGGUUCGCUGGGCAUCAUUGUGGAGAUCACCUUGCAAGCGGUACCGGACUUCAACGUCUCCUGGUCGCAAUCUCUUCAAUCACUCUCCUCGGUUCUUGAGUCGUGGGACAAGGACCUCUGGACACAAAAGGAGUUUACCCGGGUCUGGUGGCUGCCAUACCUCCACCGCGCUGUGGUCUGGCGCGGAUACAAAACCGACUCGCCUCCCCGGCCACCAAACACGAGCUUCUAUGGCGGCUCAUUCGGCUACUACGUCUACCACAACCUACUGUACUUGUCCAACAUGUUCCCGCGCAUUCUACCGUGGAUCGAAUGGUUCGUAUUCGGCAUGCAGUAUGGCUUCAAGCCGGGCACGUUCGUCACGUCAGCCGUGCAACCUGCGCGAGAAGGGCUAUUGAUGGACUGCCUGUACUCGCAAUUCGUCAAUGAAUGGGCACUGCCGCUCUCCAAGGGCCGCGAAGCCAUCACCCGCCUGUCCGCAUGGAUCAACCACGACGAAGAAACGGCGCGUAUCCCAGUCUCCAGCAAAGGCAUAUGGGUCCACUGCCCGAUCGAAGUGCGCGUGACACAUACCUCGCCCCACGUCCCCAAUGCCUCCAAGGUCCGACCAUACCUUGACCCGACCGUCCCCGACGGACCCACUCUCUACCUCAAUGCGACCUUGUACCGACCGUACGGCCGCGACCCGCCCUGCCACGAACGGUACUACGAAGCCUUCGAAUAUCUGAUGCAUGAACUGGGCGGCCGACCCCACUGGGCCAAGAACUUUGCAUACGCCUCCAGCGAGCAGAUCGGUGCCAUGUACGGCCAAGACAUGGUCGAGUUCCUCAAAGUCCGCGACGAGAGUGAUCCAGAUGGCAUGUUCCUAGGUGAAUGGCAUAAGAGGACUCUUCCGCUCAAUAUCACCUCCAAACAAGGCCAGGAUGUCAAGGCGAGACCGAAGUACCGCUUGAUGGAGGAAGAAGUCCGCCGCUCGAAGAAAGGUCUUGGCUGGGGCUUUGGCGAUGGUCUGCUUUGGGAAGGACGACGUGUCGGCGACCUGACUACGGAGGACGAUGACAGUGACGAGGAUGAUAGCUCUUCCGAUGAGAAUCUCAAGACUGGCCGCAACGACACGCCCAGUCCUCCUGCUACCACGACGAGUGAAGAGUCCUUUGAUUACAUGGCGAAGGGUGAGGCCAGUGUUUAUGCAGAAAAGGAGGGAUGA